GGGCUGUUUAUGCCGAGGAGGGAAGCAGCUGGAGGUUUUUUGAAAGUGUCGCCGUUCGCGCGAACUGUGAUGUAGAGAGCGUGUCGCUUUUUUUUCGUAUUUGCAAUAUGAAGAAUGGAAGAAGACGAUGUUACCAUCAGAGAGCAGAAUUUUCACAGCCAAGUUCGAGAGUAUAUCAUUUGCUUCCUCCUGUUUGCCGUCCUCUACAUUGUGUCCUACUGCAUCAUAACCAGAUACAAGAGGAAGAGUGAUGAACACGAGGAUGAAGAUGCUAUUGUCAACAGAAUAUCAUUAUACCUCUGCACCUUCACCCUGGCAGUAUCUGGAGGAGCUGUGUUCCUGCUGCCUUUCUCAAUCAUCAGCAAUGAGAUCCUCCUCUCUUUUCCCAGAAACUAUUAUAUUCAGUGGCUCAACGGAUCUCUUAUUCAUGGUCUCUGGAACCUGGUGUCGUUGUUCUCCAACCUUUGCCUCUUUGUGUUGAUGCCGUUCGCCUAUUUCUUUUUGGAGUCUGAGGGAUUUGCAGGAUCAAAAAAGGGCAUUAGGGCGCGUGUUUUGGAGACUUUUGUGAUGCUCUUUCUGUUGGCUCUGCUUAUUCUGGGCAUUGUGUGGGUGGCUUCAGCAUUAAUCGACAACGAUGCAGCCAGUAUGGAGUCGCUUUACGAUCUGUGGGAGUUCUACCUGCCAUACCUCUACUCUUGUAUAUCUCUGAUGGGAGGGCUGCUGUUAUUAAUGUGCACUCCUGUAGGAUUGUCAAGGAUGUUCGCUGUAAUGGGCCAGUUAUUAGUGAAGCCAACAAUCCUAGAAGACCUGGAUGAGCAGAUUUACUGCAUCCAUUUGCAAGAGGAAGCCCUUCAGAGGAGAUUAAACGGAUCGUCCUCACACAGUUACGUCCGAGGAAGCUUUGCUCACCAGCUCCACAAAGAAUUGGACAUUAUUAGAAAUCAGAGAAAUAAAUUGGAGAGAAGAAAGAAAGCAUCGGGAUGGGAGAAAAACUUGCUGUAUCCCAUGGUGAUGUUGAUCCUGCUCGCAGGAACGACGAUCUCUGUUAUUAUGGUGGCUCUGAAUAUCCUCUACCUUCUAGUGGAUGAGACUGCCAUGCCCAAGGGAUCCACAGACCGGGGAAUUGGAAACGCUUCUUUGUCCACAUUUGGAGUGGCUCAAGCCGUGCUGGAGAUCAUCCUCAUGUUCUACUUGAUGGUGUCCUCUGUAGUCGGCUUCUACAGCCUACGCGUCUUUGAAGGACUCACUCCCAGGAAGGAUGACACAACCAUGACAACGAUAAUUGGUUGCUGUGUGUCCAUCUUGGUUCUAAGUUCAGCCCUACCUGUAAUGUCCAGAACUUUGGGGAUGACGAGGUUUGAUCUUUUGGGAGACUUCGGGAGAUUUAAUUGGCUGGGAAACUUUUACAUCGUCCUUUCAUACAACUUGCUGUUUGCUGUUGUGACGACUCUUUGUCUUGUGAGAAAAUUCACUUCUGCAAUACGAGAGGAGCUCCUAAAGGCUUUGGGUCUGGAUAAAUUGCAACUGUCAAACAGCCCCACGGACCCUGAAUCAGGAAAGCUCUCGGCCAACGGGCAUCAGAAAACUCUGUAAAAGGGCCGAUAGAUCAUCUCCGUCUUGCACUUCACACAAACGCAUAUUAGUAAAGCCAAAGGGAGAUUUUGACUGUAGAGCCAGACUGCUGAAAAGGAUUGGAAGAAAUCUUAAAAAGAAAAAAAAAUGGAGGCUGUUCUCACUGUUGCUUCAGACGGAAGCGGAGAGCAUUUUAGCUUCGUGACAUUCCAUCCUCUGCGUCUCUGAUGGACGUUGGGACACAUCCGGAGGAGAGAAACAGACUGUCACUGCAGUCACCUUGAUGCUGACCUCAACCCACGACUGUGACUUGGAAACCACCCAUCUCCUGCUCCAGAGGCACGCGUCUCCUCGGCAUUCUCAGCUGGUUUUAUUUUUGAAAUGUUUACACCACUGUAGCAGUCAUCAGCAAAAGAAAUGAAUCUCCUCUCUGCUUGGUUUAUUGUCUUAAUCCGUUUCUGUGCUGUGGAUCAAUACACCAUCACAACUCGAUCUAUUCAAGUCAUUUUUCUGUCUGAAUUGGCGGAAGGAUUCCUUUAAAUCUUUUAAAAUGUGAAGAAAAUUUGUUUUCGAUUAAAAUCGAAACUUUUUAAAAAAAAUUUACAAUCACAUCCAUUCAUGAAAAUCUAAUUAAAUAUCUAUACUGAAUAUAUAUUUUGCUGGCAUUUUAAUUGGUGGAUCUGAGAAUUAGGUUCUUCCAAAACUUCAGGUUUUAUGCAAGUAUGUGAUUUUGUUUGAAGGGUGAGAUGAUGCUUUACGUUUUAAAUAGUCUUUUUUUUUAUUUCAUGUCAUUACAUGUUUAGUUGUCCCAGAAAAACUGACGUUGUUACGUUUGUAAAUGUAUUUACAUGUACAGAUGCUGUUUCAUACCUCCUGUAAAUAUUUGUCUCAUGAUCUUUGUGGAGGGUACUUUUUUUUUUUGCAACAUGAGCCCCCAAACUUUUAUGCAAAAGUCUUCAUAAAGUCAUGUAACCAGGUAAAAAAACACAAAAGACUUGGUGACUCAGGCCCCUUUACAUGUGGUUGUAUUGCUGCAUCUUCUUCCUUUACACAUUCAGAACCACCUUGAAUGCCUUAAGACGGACCUCUCAAAGGUUUGUUCACCUGUAAAGUUUAUGCACAUGUACGUUUUUCUUGAUGCUUCCACUGUGAUCAUCUUCCUGCCGCUGAAGUCUAAAAACGAGCUGGAUGUCACUUUCUUUUGUUGUUUAUUCUCACAUUGAAUGUCAAAGUCGAGACUCAGUUAUUAGCCAGUUUGUUGUCUGUGUGUGUUUGUCUUUGAUGGUAACUGAAGAGAUGUGUUUCUAGGGCUGAAAAAGGAAAAAAAUCAAACUUGCAUACACUUUUAAAUGUUUUACAUUAAAACUGUCUGCAUUUACUGCAUCAAAAAACUGGAGCAAAGACAUUUUAUUGUCUGAAGUUUAAAAAAGAGUCCAAGGAGGGUUAUCUUCUACCAUUUUUUUUAAAGACUUCUUAAGUGAGCGCACCUUUUAGUACCUUUUGGUAUUUAGUGUUACGUCUUCACCUGUUUCAUUUGCAUUUAAAAAACAUUUACAUUUAAAAAAAAAUCAGGGGAAUGAUGCUUUCAAGAGUUUGAAAUGUAAUUUGGUAACUAAAUCGAGGGGCUUCCAUUAUUUCUGGAUAAAUGAAACUGCCCUAAACUCAAAAAGGUCCACGAUAAUUGUCCUAAAAAACACAAAGAUCUGCGAAAAACAAAAAGGUGAAUUUUCCUGCUGGUUAUUACGGACCCCCCUAAGGGACAUUGAAGUUAGAAAAAAACAUUUUCUCAAAAAAAUGAAGACAUUUCUCUGAUUACUAUCUUGUGCACCAGAUAGUGACCAGAAAAAAAACUAAACAGUAACUGGUGCACACCAGAUAGUAACAAAGAAAAUCAUUUUUUUAGAUUUUUUUUUUUAAACUUCAAUUUCUUUUUUACUUUGAUGUCCCUUUAGGAGCUCCGUAGCUUAUGACAGAAAGAAAUGAAUUUUAGUGUCUUUCUUGGUUUCCUCAUGAGCAGAAAAGGGGCAGUAUCAUCAUUUUUGUGUUCAUAGACAUCCGUGGAGUGUUCGUGAGUGGGUGGUUCAGUGAGCUCCACCUCAUGCUUUUAUUUCCGUCUAAUGUCUGUAAAACUGCAUGUAAGGUUUUCAUACAUGUAUUGUGAAGGUAUUUUUUAAAUUGUUUCCUUUUGUGAAAUGUUUUUAUUUUUGAUGUUUGUGUGUUUGCAAAUAAACAAUAGGCAUUUGUCA